AAUAAAAUAUCUGUCGAUCUGUGUGAGCGUUAACGCUUUGAUAUGGAUGGGUCCCUCUAUAUACCGGGAACUAUCGCCACGCUCCCUCACGCUCCGGAGCUCCGCCGUGCUGCAGCCUUCAAUGGCCUCCGUCCCUCUGUCUCCUCCCCUCGCUCUCUCCCCUCACAGGCCCUCGCUCCUCCUCGGACUCAGCGUCAGAGGUCCCAGCUCGAGCCACACGAGGUUCGGCUCCUCCCAGCUCAGGCUUAAGCAGGCGAGUGGUCACCGGAUAGUCAGGCCUCUUGUGUGCAGAGCUGCAGCGGUCGUGUUCCGUGAUCUCGAUGCUGAUGACUUCAUGCACCCGCUCGACAAGCAGAACACAUUGUUACUGAGGGCCAUACCGGGGCUGAACGAAUUCGGGAAGGCUCUCUUAGGAAGUGCAACGGAGCAAGUCAUGCUUCUCGAGAAUAUUGGGACAUCGCUUCUUGUUUCAAAAGAUCAGCUUUCUGAUCUUCAUCAACUAAUGGUCGAGGCUGCACAAAUAUUAAACAUUGAGCCUCCUGAUCUUUAUGUUCGUCAAAGCCCUUUGCCAAAUGCAUAUACAUUAGCCAUCAGUGGCAAAAAGCCAUUUAUUGUUGUUCAUACCAGCCUUGUGGAGCUUCUGACAAGAAAAGAGUUGCAGGCUGUUUUGGCACAUGAGCUGGGGCACCUUAAGUGCGACCAUGGUGUGUGGCUCACAUUUGCUAAUAUUCUUACCCUUGGAGCCUAUGCUGUACCUGGAUUUGGUGGCUUUAUUGCUCAGAGUUUAGAAGAACAGCUAUUCAGAUGGCUUCGAGCAGCAGAACUGACUUGUGAUCGUGCUGCUCUUCUUGUUGCCCAAGACCCUAAGGUUGUCAUUUCUGUUCUGAUGAAACUAGCUGGUGGAUCCCCAUCACUUGCUGACCAACUUAAUGCCGACGCGUUCUUGGAGCAAGCUCGUUCUUAUGACAAAGCAUCUGCAAAUCCUAUUGGUUGGUACAUAAGAAAUGCUCAAACGAGGCAACUCUCGCAUCCAUUGCCUGUCCUACGAGCCCGUGAGAUUGAUGAGUGGUCCAGAAGUCUGGAGUACAAAAACCUCUUGACACGUAAGAGGCAGACAAAUUCUGUGCAGACAGUAUAGGAAUGCUUCAGCCCAUCAGUAUAACAGAUAUAUCAACAUGCCAAAUGAGAAAAGAUGUGAGAAGAAGCUGAGCUACCACAGAAUUCUGUGGCACAACCCUCGGGUAUGUCCUAUGUGGAGACUUCAAUCUCUUCUCAUCUCCAAAAACCAUUUGCUGCUUUGAAAUUCCAUAAAAGAAAUAACAUUGCAAUAUACCAGUAUACACGUUUCAUGUGUCUUUAUAGGGAAAGCUUUGUGUUUAUUCUGAAGUUUUGUGACAUAGCAGUUCAUAGGAUCAAUUACAGAUCUUCUGUAUCAUACAAUCCAAAAUCCAGGUUAUAAACGUGCAGUUCUCUUUGCAUA